UGGUUUAUGCAUUUGAGCAGAUUGUAAGAGAAAACGCGCUUUUAUUUGUCCCUUGUGCGACACUGUAGGUUGAAGGUUAGGCACGUGAUCCUUAUGUCGUGGCUUCAUGGCUGCGCCCACAGUAGCAUGGCUGUUUGAAGAUUCAUGAAUAUACUGAUGUUCUACUGAAUGGGACAAGACUCUUUUGAUACUCUCAUUUUUAAAUUAGUAACAUGAAUGCAAAGGCAUCUUUACGUUUGGUUGGCACAGUAAGGCAUUUGCCCUUAUGUGACUCGGCAGUGGGCAUGAGAAUUCCAGUAUUUAUAAGACGAAACUGUAGCACAAAGACUAGGCUGGUAAAAGCUGUUACACAGCAUGCAAACUUAUGUCAACCUGCAAGUACCUCUUGCCUGUCCUUCAGGUUUUUAAGUCAAGAGAGCCCAGCUAAUACGGAUGAAAAGACAACUCAGUCUGAUGUAAAGGAACAGUCUUCAGUUGAUGUUUCUAUCAAUUUGGCAAAAGGCACUGCCACUCAGAUUGAAAGCAAAAUAGACUUUGAUGAUGGAAGUCCUUUAGCAGAUGAUGAAAGUGUUAAGCAACAGUGGGUUUCCUCUAGGGCAACUGAAGAAAGUAAUGUUGAUUUCUACUCUGCUCUGAAGAGAUGCACGUCCCCUUCAGAUGUGCUUGAGCUGUGCGGUAGUACAUCCAUGAACAUGAAACAGAUCAGCAACUGUUUUACAACUAUGUGGGAAACCACAAAGAGGAUCAGGAAAGGACAAAGACGCUAUGAGAGGCAACUCAUGCUGGAACACCCAAACUUUGAGAACUUGUGCCGUUUAUCAAUGAAUGCAUCCCAGAGGAUGAGACCUGAAGAUAUGGUAUAUACUCUGCAUGCAGUAGUGAAACUAGAGAUAAGUCAACGCUCUAGACUGGUUCAGACCUUGCUGAGAGUUUGCCAGGAACAUCUCAAUGAGUUUGAAGAAAGAGAAAUCUCUGUUUUGGCCAGUGCAUUGGAGAUCAUGGAUAGCUCUAGAAAUGUGGAUGCUCUCAGAUCAGGUCUUCGAAUGCUGGUUGAGUUACGAAUGCCUGAAAUCAGAGGAGUGCUACCCUUGCAGACCAUGAUGAGAGCUAUUGGGAGAGAUGCCCCAUUACCACUGAAGAAAAAGCUGGAGAGGAAAGCUUUAGGGAUGUUGGAUGAAUUCUCACUUCCAAAUUGCCAGCACAUGUUUACCACCCUUGCCACAAUUAACCUGCGCUCUCUACCCAUUCUGGAAGCCUGCAGCCUAAAGAUCAUUAAUGAUAUGGAAGGCAUACCCUUCUGGAAGUUGAUCCAUGUUUUACAGGCUUGCCGGGAGCUGUCUUAUCGCAAUGAAGGUUUACUGACUGCAAUAGGAGAUUAUAUUGUGGCUACUAUUUAUAUGUGGCAAACUAAGCAGGUGACGCUGAUCCUUUCCAUGCUGGAAAAUUUAGGCUUCCGGCAUGUCCCUUUGUUAGAUGUCUUGGCAGAAAGGGUGAUUCAAAACCCUGAGUCAUUGACUUUCAAAGAUUUAUUGGUUACCGUAAAAGCAUAUUCACUUCUCAACCACCUCCCAGAAGGGAAGAGUCAGCAAUUCUUGAAUGCUCUAAAUAUGUCUCUGGAGCUUUAUCUACCUCGGAUUCCUCCAGUGGAGCUUCUCAGAGUGGUAUUUUCCUUCUGCAUAUUGGAAUACUUCCCUCAGCAACCGCUAGACAAACUUCUUAAGGAAGACAUUCUUAAGGAUCUGUUGACUUCAGCAAAUCACAAUGUGGAAAUAAAUGAGCGAAUGUUGCACAGCAUUAACUUGUGUUUGGAAUUGGACAAGCCAUCUAUCACCAAACCUACAAUGGCCCUGGGAAAGACUGCAAUUACCAGCUUUACCACACAACCCGAGGUUCAGACUGCCCUGCACGCCAUUGUAGGAGAUCCAAGUCUUGUGCAACACAAUGUCCAUUUACCUAAUGACUACUUCAUUGAUUUUAUAUUUGAUUUUGAUACAAAGCAGAACAUUGUGGUUCCUAUAACCGCCUCACAGAUGUCGGAUAACCCGCUACAUGUUGAAAGAGUGGCCGUUCUGUGCGCAUCAAUGUCAUCCUUUGCUUUGGGGACACUUCAUCCUUUAGGAAAGCUGGCAAUGAAAAUAAGGCAUCUCAAGGCUCUUGGUUAUAAAGCUGUAUUGGUCCCUCUACAUGAGUUUGGAAGAUUAAAUGAGACUGAGAGAAUCCAGUUCCUUCAGAGCCGAAUUUUCAUUGGAAAAUCUUCUGCUGAUAAAGCGCCUGAGAUGACAGAGACAGAAAGAAAUGAGGAAAUAAGCAACCAAAACCCUAGUCUAUAAAGUCAGCUAGUUGUUGGCCAGGGGUGAGGCUUUUUCUUCCUUAAUGCUUUGUUCGACCUCUGGUGAAGUGAAUUAAUCCAGAGCAAACGUCUGGAUUACUGUGACUGAAGCUCAUUAUUUAGGCUGACUAUGUUACAUCAGUGUAUAAAAUACAUUCAUUCAAUUAAGUACAGUAUGCUGAGGGAAGGUGACAUCACCGCAAUGUGAUAUGAAGUAAUAAAUCUCUUAUUUUUCA